AAAAAGCAAAAAACAAUCGACAGUCAGGAUUCCCAAAUCGUCACCGACUUUAGUACUAACUGACCGGCAUUGAGCUUAAGUACCGCUGAGCGAACGGGAAGCGCUGUAUUCUCAAUCCUAUGGUCGAUUGCGGAAGGAAAUGUGCGGGAAGAAUUAAUGUACCCGCACUUUAGGGUCUGUGUGUUACGUCGGAAGUGGAUCUUUGGGUUCCGGAAACAAACCCUACUUACAAGGGCAUAAUCACCGUACAACUAGUUUGCUAUAUUCUAGUAAGAGACUCGUUACGUGCGACGGUUUUUUGAGCAGGCUCGAGGGAGAUGAACUUUUGUCUACAACGUUGUCCCAGCCUACGAGUAUAGAUCAAUACUCAGGCGUUUCCGCCCCGAGCUGGGCAAGACGUACGUUGUAAGGCUUAGCCCGAUACCGGCACUCGGCCGGAUAAUCUGUUCUUCCGGAAUGGAGCCAUCGCAACUUGAAUGGGACCACCAUCAGAUCAACAUCAACCUCAAUGACCCCCCUGUCAGGAUACUUGAACUGCCGCUUCACAGCUCGAGACACGGCUGUUGCAAUCUACUCGCGGCACGAAGGCACUAAUAAGUUAUCUACCGUUGUCACGAACUCUUCUCCCGUGGACGAACGGGGACUCCGUUGCGGCGGCUUUGCUGAGCGACAAGGCUACAAACUCGAGACACCCAGCCGCCGAUCUGACCGAGAUAUAUAUACAGUACACCGCAUCAGUCAGAGGAAGCCCGAUCCUUCUUCACGUGCAGUGAUCUUUGGGUCAUCAAAAUGGAGACUGUUCUACACAUAUACCAUCCGAAACGCCAGCUACUUCUCCUCGAGUAUGCCAACAGAAGUUCUUCAUCGGCAACCAAUGCCAAUGUCCAAUCUCAACCCCUCGCACAAAGUACAAGUACUCCUACCAAUGUCCUCCUCUUCGUGGGCGGAAUGUACGACGUCUUCCGGUCACCCUCGUACAUUGAAGAUCUAGCCGCCUUGUUCCCGCGAGACAUUCCCGGCCAGAAAUGGCGUGUGAUGCACGUCCAGCUCUCUUCGUCAGGGAAGUGUUUUGGACUAUAUGAUUUAGAUCGAGAUGUCGACGAAAUCAGCACAGCCAUAACCUUCAUCCGCUCCCAAAUCACACACUCUUCGACAUCCCCCAUUGUCCUCAUGGGCCACAGCACCGGGUGCCAGGACCUACUACACUACCUAGUAUCCCCCAUCAAGACCAGCAAUGGUGACCGACCCACCAUCUCCGGAGCCAUUUUCCAAGCCCCCGUCUCCGACCGUGAAGCCUUGUUGCUCGACAUGUCCACCGACCCAGCAACCCGCCAAUCCUACGAAACAUGUCUGGCCAUCGCAGAAUCCACCCCUCCGGAGCACCACAAAACAACCAUUCUGCCCCUCCAUUUCAGCAGGCAAUGCAUGGGUCCGGCACCACUAACUGUCUCGCGGUUCCUGAGUCUCGCGUCUCCAGGGUCGCCUGUCAAUCCGGGGAUGGACGACUACUUUUCCAGCGACCUUUCUGACAGACGGUUAUUGGAUACGUUUGGCAGAAUUGGUCAGGCGAAGCAUUUACACGGCACCAGCACCAGCACUGACAACAAAAGAGGUGUCCUUUUCCUUCCCUCUGGUAGUGACGAACACGUCCCCCCAAGUAUCGAUAAAUCUCUUCUUCUGGCUCGGUGGAAACGCGCCAUUGAAACCGGUUCUGAUGGUCAACUGGCUUCGCUCUCGCCGCAUUCCCAGAUUGUGAAAAACGCGUUACAUGACAUUUCGGGCGAGUCAAUCGACGCCCGUACGGCCAGGUUGAUUGAUAUGCGGGGGUCGGUGCUAAGGUAUCUGCACGAUGUGGUGGGCGAUGUUGGGUAUGGUGGUCAUGACGAGCACAGUCCGUGGGCAAUCUACGAACGUGAUCGCUCGGCUAUUGAAGCCGAGCGUGCUGGUGCUGGUGGCACUGGCAGCGGUGGUUCAGGUAGUGGUGUGAGGUUAUAAGAGGCUUUGCGUGAGAAGCGGAUGCAGAUGCCUCCUCAAGAAUAUGUCACAUAUCGAGUAUUUGGGCAUGAAUUCGCAUCGCAAUGAAAAUAUACCUACUGACCUCGGCAAGGUAGGAUUCAAGUUCAAUUUCAAAGUUCAAGUUACCUUAUACAAGACAUACGGGCACCCGCUUCCAAUACUCCAAACACCAAACACUCUUCCAAUUUCUCUCUUUCUCCAAACGAACACUCUGAUGUCAACUUCAGUUUCACAGUACAAAAUUUUUUUUAUACAGCAGGCCACCUCAUCCUCAGCCCAUCGCACCACCGCUCAAACAACACAUCGGCCAAUUGUCGCGUGUGUUCGAGUCCACCACUAAGACCAGAACCACCACCACCACCACUGGCGCUGUUCCCACUACCUCCAACAAGACUUUUCAUAAUCAUGUCGAUAUCCUUAUCCUUGUCUUCAUCAGACUGUGGAAUUCUUUCCACAUGUCCCAUUUUGUCAGACACAGCACCGCUGGGUUUCCUGCCAUCAUUCGCAUUCGAACGGCCUAGUCUCGCAGUAUUCCCAGUACCAGCCCGUGGACUCCCGACAUUGGGCAGCGCAUGAAAAUUCGAAUUCGAAUGAGGGUGGGAACUCUUUUUCAACGGACUGCCGCCGCCUACUAUUAUCUGACCACCACUAGAGUUUCGAGAGUUGUUCCCACUACUACCAGGAGAAAGGUGGGCGUGGGCGUGGGCACUUUGGCGGCGCCGAUGGGAUUUGAGAUGGGGAUUGUUUUGCGCGAGGACGAGUUUCGCUGCUGAUUGUGGUAAUGCCGGGGAUGCGGGAGCGGGUGAUUGUACUCGCUUAGGCGUGAUGGGCGCUGAUGAUGUUGUCGUCGAUAUCGAUGUUGAUGUCAUCGUUGAACCACCAGACACAGAAGUACUAGUCGUAGUAGUUGUCUCACUCUCCGUCUGGUCCUGUGUCUGUGUAUGCGGGUGCCCGACUUCAACGUCUGCCGUUGUCGUUGUCUCUGACUCUGUUUUAAUCACAGGUGAAGAACGGCUCUGGCUCUUCGAACCCGCCUCCACCAUCAUGGCUUUCGACAGGACGGAAUCCAAUUUAACCUUCUCGACAAUGGCCCGCAUGACAUGAAACAAACCAUCUGGAUCGACGGCCUCGAGGUCCGAAAAGGCCUCGGCCAACCGCGCCACCGCUUCGCGCUUGACAUGGUCGGCGGUAUCGUCGAGAACAUCUUGACAUGAGAUGCCGACGGCUUGAGCGUACAGUCUUUUUCCUAGACUGGAUUCCUUUGACUCACUAUUUGUUUCUGCUGAAGUUGAGAAUGAGGUCGAUCUCGACGAUUGAUCUUUUGCCGCCGCUUUCGGACCCCGGUCUUUCGAGUCCUGGUCGGCUGAAUUUGUCCUGGACUUCGACUCUAACAUAUCCUCACCGGAAAACGACGAAAACACACCCAAUCCAAUCUUGGGAGCUGCUUUCGAAGGAGUCCUAACCACACUAGAGUUGGGAUCCGGAUCCGAGUCUGACUCAAUACAAGGAGCUUGAUUUUCACCACCACUGGCAUCAUUUUCACCAUCACACUCGGCAGUCACUUUGACCGCGUUCAAAUUGGUCGAUACUCUUCGGAACUGCCGUACCGUGCUGGGACUGUUGCCGAACGACAUGUUAACGCCAAGUGGCUGUCGAGCCUGGGCGGCGCUGGAUAAUCUUGAUGUUCUGCGCGCUGUCCUUCUCGCCACACUGGCUGUUGGGGAUGUUACGGUGUCUUCUGCGCCGGCAUCUCCAUUGCUUGCGGAUUGGUGCUGCCGUGACUCUGAGAUUCUGCGCAUUGUGCUCGGUUUCCUCGCAGGGCUUUCGUUGUUGUUGGCAUCGCGAUUGGGCGGCAGCUGAUAGUCACGGUCCCCAUCUUCCAUCAUUCGAGUGCUUUGACCACCGUUGGUGUCCGCCGACACUUUCCUCCGUCUCUGCGUUGCCUGACUAUGGCUCGGUUUCCUCGACUUCGAAAUGGUAGGCACCGCCUUGAUAGUCUCAAAGACCCAGUCAUCGUCGUCGGUUUGCGAGUUGUUGCAAGACAAACUCUUGAGUGUCUCGGCAUAGUAUUUCAGAUGACGAUCUCCACCUUUUCUUGCUUCCCAAUCCUGUUUCCGUACAAUCAACUCCUGCAGGCCCUCGACCUUGCCGGCGGACCGAAUGAAGCGAUGUUUGAGGAGAUCUUUUGCAGAACUUCUCUUCUCCACGUCCUUGGUGAGACAACAGGACACAAAGUCCUUGAAGUCGCGGGACCAUUUCCCGCCCUCGAGUCUGGGAGCAGGCUGUUUCGGGAUCAAAAAUAAAACUUUCAUCGGGUGUACAUUGGCAUGUGGCGGCUCUCCGUUGGCCAAUUCCAUGGCGGUGAUUCCCAAACUCCAGAUGUCGGCUUUGGCGUCGUGGCCUUCCUGCUGGAUCACCUCGGGGGCCAUCCAGAAGGGCGUGCCGACAAAGGUGUUUCUCACGCUUUUCAGGCCGACCAGCUGGGCGGCGACGCCAAAGUCGGCCAGUUUGACCCGUCCGUCCAUCCCCAACAAAACGUUGGCGGCUUUGAUGUCCCUGUGGAGCUUGCCCUCGCCGUGCAGGUAGGCCAGACCUAACAGUAGUUCUCGGCAGAUGAUGGCGAUGUGUGUUUCGGCCAGUGAGUGCGGAGGAGGCUUGAGCAGGUCCGCGCACGAUCCGCCGCCGAGGUAUUCCAUCACGAUCCAGAGCGUGUGCCGUCGGAGGAAGGCAAGGCGGUAUUUGGUCACGUAGGGACUGGAGCAGGAUGAUAGUACUGAGAGUUCGGAUAGGAUGUCUGACAGAUCUUCUUCGGAUGAUUCGAGAUCCACCUAAACAGAAAAGAAGGUGUUAGUAAUUGGCAUAGGGAUUGCAACGGUUCUGUGCUGGAGGUGUGGGUGUUUCUUAUUCCCGUUGACAGCAAUACGUACAUGUUUGAUAGCCACGAUUUCCCCCG